AUGUCUCUCCGGCUGGCUCGCACCACGGGCCAGCUCCUUCGCCAUGCCACGACUCGUCCGAUGGCGGCGUGCGCAGUGCAGCUGAGCCGGUCUCUUCAUUCGUCCAAACCGCACAAAGCCUCCACGUCCCCCUUCACGGAGCCAACCUCUCCCAAUCCGACCGUCACCAAAUACGCUGAGACGACGGAGAAACUGCACACCUACGGUUCCUACCUCAUUCAGUGCCUCCCGAAAUAUAUCCAGCAGUUCUCUGUCCUAAAGGACGAGCUCACGCUCUACAUCUCUCCCUCUGGCGUGGUCCCCGUCCUCACCUUCCUCCGUGACCACUCGCAAUGCCAGUUCAAGGCGUGUAUGGAUAUCAGCGGAGCCGACUACCCCGAGCGUGACCAGCGCUUCGAGGUCGUCUACCACCUCCUCAGCGUGAAGUUUGGCGGCCGCAUCCGGGUGAAGACCUACGCCAGCGAGGUGGAUGCAGUCCCCAGCGCGGUUUCUGUUUUCAGGGGUGCGGAUUGGUACGAGCGGGAGGUUUGGGACCUGUAUGGCGUAUUCUUCAAGGAUCACCCUGACCUCCGCCGCAUCCUCACCGAUUACGGCUUCGAGGGACAUCCGCUCCGCAAGGACUUCCCACUGACGGGUUAUACUGAGGUACGCUACGACGAGGAGCGGAAGCGCGUCGUUUACGAGCCCCUUCAGCUCACUCAAGCUUUCCGGAACUUCGACGCGCUCUCGCCUUGGGAGCAGGUCGGCGAUGGCACUGCUCCGAAACGACCGGACGAGCUCAAGCCCGUGCCUCCUCCGCCACCUCCGCCCGAGGAGAAGAAAUAG